GCAGAGGCACAAAUUAGUUAACAUAUUAAUAGUCGUUGAGGACGGACUUAUCUACCCAAUCCGAUAGAACUAUACGUGUGUUGAUUGUGUUCAAAGAAUAAAUAAAUGCAAUAUUAGUUAAAGUGAAAAAAUGGCUAACAGAAAUGAAUCGGAAGAAUUCACAGAAAAAGACCCACUGCAAAAAAACACAGGGGAGAAACUCGAAACGGGUCAUGUGGAAAUAAUUAAGAGCCAAACUUUUUGUGAAAAAUGCCGCUACAUAUUUAAUAAUAUAACAUUCGAACCGACCAUGGUUAUGUUCACAAUCGCUUGGAUGAUCGUGAUGACGACCACACAAAAUUUGAGUUUAGAAAAAGCUUGUCGUGUCAAUUUGAAUUUCACAGAUGAAAUAUGCACGUCUCUCAGAUCACAAAGUGCUGACAGUCAAAACGAGUACGAAAGGGAAACCCAGAAGUUGCUGGCGACUGUUGUGAGCAGAAGAACAUACAUAGGGGCCACUGCACCGGCUGCUCUGGCCAUUUUUGUCGGAUCUUACUCGGACAUUACUGGCCGCAGGAGAUUCUUCGUUCUUAUGCCUUUAAUUGGCCAAAUGCUCGCAUCUGUCAGCAACAUUAUUAACACUUACUUUUUUUAUGAACUCUCGUUGGAAGUGCUAGUUUUUAGUGAAGCUUUCUUUGAGGGCUUCAGUGGGGGGUGGUGCGUUUGUUUUACCACAAUCUUCUCUUACAUGGCCGUUAUCACGUCAAAAGAAGACAGGACUUUUCGCCUUGGCAUCGUGAACUUUUGUUUCACCGUAGGAAUACCCAUCGGAAUUGGAGUCAGUGGAGUGUUGUUGAAAAACUUAGGGUUCUUCGGGUGUUACAUAGCCGUGAUAUGUAUGCAGGCUGUAAACUGUUUUUAUACGUUAUUUUUUGUGAAAGAUCCGAUAAGAACGCCGGAGCAGAAAAAGCACGACGGGCAGGGCGUCCGCUACUUCUUCAGAACGUUCUUCGACUUGUCCAACAUUAAGGAAACUGUCAAAGUGGUAUUCAAAAAUGGACCUAACAGACGUCGGCUGAGGAUGUGUGUGCUGAUGGUGAUAGUCACCUUCUUGUUUGGACCUGUGUUUGGUGAAUUGUCUGUCAUGUACAUGUCUACACGGUACCGAUUCAACUGGGACGAAGUUAAAUACAGCCUCUUCCAAGCAUACAACUUUAUUACACAUACAAUUGGUACGGUAUUCUCCAUCACGGUGUUCAGCAAAUACCUCCAAUGGCACGACUCCAUGCUGGGCAUCAUCUCCACCGUCAGCAAGAUUGCAGCUUCUUUCGUCUACUGCUUUGCUCCUAACGAGACAAUCUUCUUUAUUGGUCCAAUGGUUGAAAUACUGAACGGCACAUCGAUGUUAGCUUUGCGAUCGAUAUUCUCGAAAUUGGUAGCUGCAGACGAGAUAGGAAAAGUGAACUCUUUAAUCGGUCUAACAGAGACCCUAAUGCCGUUGGCUUAUGUUCCUCUGUACACACAAGUGUAUACAGCGACGAUGGAAGUGCUGCCUGGUGCUGUGUUCCUGCUAGGAGCAGCCAUGACCUUACCAGCUGUAGUGGUGUUUAUAUGGCUGUUCGUGGAACAUCGCAGGGGUUUGAGGAAAAAACCUGUAAUAGAAAAUGGCACUGAAGUUCCUCUAAAACAGAUGUGAAAAUUCUAGUCGAAUUUAGUAUUAAGUUAACGCAAUUUACUAGAUAGUUGUAGACAAGUAAGUCUAGUUUUAAGCAAUUGCAACUACUUAGCAUGCUCAUUUCGAGUUGUCGGUGGCUCGGUGCUCGCUUGUAUUAAAAGCAUGCUUUAUGAGUACCUUAAGAUCCGUUUUAGAAAUUGAUUCGAUUGGUCGUAUGAGUCUACUGGGGGCUCAGUGUGUUUAUGUUAUAGUCAAACCUCGAAGUUCCGGCACUCCUAGGUUUGACUAGUCAAUCCUCAGGUCUGACUAGAAGUCUUAGUCAAAGCCCAAACAUUUCGGCCUUUAACUAAAUAAUGUUAGUCAAACGUAGGAGUAACUAAUUUGGUCAGGCAAAGGUCGAAACUCAAUUUAAUGAAAUCGGAGUUUGACUAGUCAAACCUCAAAAGACUUUAAACUAAACUAUACUUCAUUCUGAUCUUAAACUUAUUGCAUAGGCGUUACGGUCGGUUUUCACGCGCACGCGCAGCUGUCUCUUUAGUUCAAGGUUCGAGUAACUAAACUUAUUUACUGAGGUUGUUUGUCAGUGUUUCUAGAUCGAUCUUGAAAUUACUAAUUUUUAGGGUUCUGUUACCUUAAAUUAAAGGCUAAAGAGUUAAAACGCGACCCUUAGCGACAACCUUUAGCGAAGUCAUAGUAGACUUCGCUAAAGAAAGGUUGUCUGUCACCAAGCUCGUAUCUCAUGAAUCAUUCUCAAAAUACUUUGUUUUUUAUUCAUAAUGUUUUUUAUUCACCUUAAAAAUAAAUAGUCUUAGUUAUUAUCUUGCUGUGUAUGCACUGUGAUUGUUAUAUAUAAAUAAUAAUUUUAAAUAAUACUUUAAAUUAUUUUUAAGUUCGUUUUGGUAAACUUUUUAUAGACUUUUUUGCUUUGUUUUCUUUAUUUAUAAGGCUUUGUAAAUUACUAUAUCAUAUCUUUCUUUUUAUCUUUAUUUUUAUAAUGUUUAUUUUCAUUACUAUUUAAGCUGUUACGUCAAAGUUCUGAGAUUUCUAAAGGCCCUUCUCAAGAAGACCUCACCAACAACAUCACACCAUGACUAUUGUAACAACAACGAGAACACACCGUCAUUAUUUUAAUACGAAUACAAAUAAUAAUGAAUGAAGAGGCAUGUUCAUUUAUUUUUGUCAAUUAAAACCAUUCUUAACAUUAACUAUUAAUUUCAUCAUGUUACUCAUGUAACUCGUACUCGUACAUUGAAUGUUAUUUCAAUCUAUCCAAUGACAAUAAUGUUAAUUAUAAUGAGUAUUUUGCUUUUGCUAAAAAACUAUUCAUCAUCAUAGUUUCAGCGACAGGACGGGUCCGUGGCCGAGUCCCCCUGUGUUCGACGCACCCGUGGUCGACGCCCCCGGUCAGAUAGAAGCAAUUUUUAAUCAAAUGUACAGUCAGUCACAAAAAUAUUUAUAAACGAAUACGUCCACAGCUGACCUCUCCCAAUUAUCGUCCAAAAUACUUCAGUGCCUAAAAACGAAAGUUUGAGAAAAACUAUUAUACAAAUAAAUAUUUCCUAUAACUUAAGAUUUAAAAUAGUAUUAUUAGUAUUCGUUACCUGUGUAGAUUUGUAAUUUUUUAAUUAAUUUUUAAGAUUUUUUUUCGUAAGUUUACCUACUCCUUAUGUAAAUCAAAUCAAAUUGAAUAAAAUAUUAUUAGAAAAAUAUUA